AAACUUGCUAUUCAUGCGGGAGUUAAGCUUCUCUUCAUGAAAAAGAGAGGCAUUUAUACCUCUGGAUCUGUAGAGACCCUAUCAUCCAGCCCAGAGCGAGUUGUCCUCAGGAAUCAUACUGAUGACCCCUGGCAUGGAAUCGUUUUCGCUCACACAUCAGGGAUCAUUUUACGAAAUGUCAAUAUAACUGGAUCACUUAACGGCCUGGUGACCUAUACAGACAACAUGACACUGUCUGACUGCAGUAUCGCUCACACAGGGAGAUCUGGGAUGACGAUUGGGUCUGGUGUAACAAUGGUGAACAUGGGGCGAACUGCUAUUAUUAAAAGUAAAAGCUAUGGUAUCACGAUCCACUCAAAUGCAUUACUGUUACGUAAUGGAUUUGUGCACAACAAUGCCUUGAGCGGAAUUUACCAUAAUGGCAAAACAGGAAGUAUUUUCCUGGAGGAAAUGGACAUAUCCAACAAUGGGAAUUAUGGUGUUUACGUGAACAUGGACUCUUUCAGUGGAAAUCACCAUAUUAGGCUAAGUAACAGCUUUCUUCAUGAUCAUAAUAACAAGUCUGCAAUUCGCCUGAUAUCAUUAAGAUACUAUAACGGCUACACAAACAUAACAGUGGGCGAUUGCAUCUUCGACAACAAUUAUGGAUCAGCUCAAAUUUCAGCGGUUGGAGACGCACACUGGAAUGACAGAAAAAAAGUUAUUAUGAGCUCAAAUACGUUCAGAGGUCAUUCCACUGUUGCAAUUGUCACCACCGGUUUUAGUGAGGUAUUGGUUACGGACAACAGGGCAAACAAUGCCACGUCAUAUUCAAAAUGUUUAUUUGAAAUAGACUUAAAGACGGGAUCAUGGAGCAGUCAAACUUUAGCAUUAUCAGUCAGAUCCAAUCUAAUCAGUCAUGUAUCUGGUCUGUGCGCAUUUUCUUUAUCAGCGUUUAAAAUCUCAAGUGGGUCCUUCUUGUUUAACCAGAUAUCACAAUCAACUUUUACUGAAGGGACGUUCAUUCUUAAUCUAGAAAAUUAUACAUUAUCUGAGAACAUUUUCGAUAAUCCAAAUUCUGACUAUGAGUUGAAAGUUACUAAACUGGGCAGUGGCUAUAUAAAUGCUACACAUAACUGGUGGGGGACGACUGACGAAGUUUUGGUCGAAGAUAAAAUUGUGGAACGAUCUGCUGAUCCAAGGCUCUUGAAUGUUAUACAUCUAUCAAUAUCAGUAAACCAGGCAUUUGACUGUUCACAAGUGAGCAAUUGCAGUGGCAAAGGAGAAUGUGUUCGACCAAAUGGAUGUAGCUGUCUCCGUGGAUGGAAGGGGGCGGACUGUACUGAGUUUGACUGUUCAGACCUCAGUGAAUGUAAUGGUGGAAGGUGUGUCGGACCCAACCUCUGCGAGUGUGCUGAUGGAUGGACUGGGAACGCGUGUGCUGUUGCUACCUGCUACCUGACCAAUAACUGUUCUGGGAGAGGGUUCUGUGGAGAGCCGGAUAAAUGUACUUGUCUUUCCCAGUAUAGAGGAAAAUCAUGUGAGUCCUGUGCACCAAACACAUGGGGUCGAAACUGUGCACCAUGUCCUAAGUGUCUACAUGGCUCAUGUGAUACACAAACAGGAACCUGUAUUUGUGAGAGUCCCAAUUGGACUGGCACCCUUUGUGCCCAAUGCAGUGAAACAUUCUACGGACUAGAUUGCCUGCCUCUACAAACAGUACUGAGCGUAUCCCCUGAUGCAGGACCAGACGUGGGAGGAACGCCUGUCCAUAUAAGGGGACAUAACUUUAAGUUCUCAAACACCAGCAAUUACAAAUGCAAGUUUGGAGCAGUAACCGUAGCUGCAAGGAGAAUUAGUAGAUAACAUUACACGUGUACUUCACCUAAACUAAGCCAAAGCACAGUACAUGUUGAGAUAAGUUCAGACGGAGUGCACUUCACAAGCAA